AUGCUCGUCGUCGGUCUCACGGGCGGUAUCGCCACCGGAAAGUCCACCGUAUCUAACCUCUUCAAGGAGCGUGGCCUCUCUGUCAUAGACGCAGACAUUAUCGCCCGCGAGGUAGUUCAACCCGGUACACGUGGGCUCUCUCAGAUCGUCUCGACCUUUGGACGCGACAUUCUCCUACCUGAUGGCUCCCUCGACCGCAAAAAGUUAGGGGCGAUCAUCUUCAAUGACCCUUUCAAACGCAAGCAGCUCAAUGCCAUCGUGCACCCUGCUGUUAGUCGCGCUAUACUCUGGAGCGUGCUCAAGUCCUGGAUACGCGGUAAUCGGAUUUGCAUCGUCGACGUCCCACUUCUCAUCGAAGGAGGCAUGUACAAGUGGAUGGGUAGGGUCGUCGUCGUCUAUUGCUCUGCAGAACUCCAGCUCCAGCGCCUCAUGAAGCGAGACAGGUCCUCCCGCGAAGACGCUUCCUCCCGACUCCACUCACAGCUCCCCAUAUCCGAUAAAGUCGCAUACGCAGACAUCGUCAUCGACAACUCGGGCUCCCUCGCCGACCUCAACACCCAGCUCUCUUCUUGCCUCACCAAACUCGAGCGAGCGGCAGGCUGGUCGUGGUACAUCAGUUGGCUCUUCCCUCCCUACACUUUCUUCAGCGCACUUUCGGUAGUCGCGUGGAGAGCAAUGUGGCGAUCUAAAAGGCCUAGUAUGCGGCGUCGUAAUUAG